UCCAGACAUCAUGGCGUGACAGCAGCUUCUCAUUUUCGCAGGUGUUCAUGAGACGCAUUCUCAAAGAUUUUGCCUGCAUUGCUCUGCUCUGGGACUCGGUGACAUUCCUGGUAUUAGUCAGCCUCCUCCUCCUCUUUCUCAUCUUCCUGCACGGAUGUCAACUCAGUGCGCGCACGGCCACGCGUAAGGGGUAGGGGGAAAAAAACACCGUGUUACCAAAACCUUGGGCGGGAUUCCAUCAUCGUUGCGCACCAGGCGAAGGGAAGUUCGAGGAGCUUCACAGACUGCACCUCGGUGCACUAAUUGGCUCUUUUGAUAUUUUGGUUACCUGCUUUUCCUCUUCACGUCAGCGCAUCGCUCCCCGUCCGUCUAUCUGCACUGCCAUCCUCGAACACGCGUGGGGUUUAUUGGAAAUACUGUUUCUAUGAAGCCAAACCUCAUGCGUGGGGACGAAUAGGAUGCGCAUUGGUCCUUGAACGCACCUCGGACGCAAAUCCCUCUCGAAAGGACUCUGGAGCUCUUUUUUUUGGAUUUAUCUAAUCCUCAAGAGGGUCGUUGUUGGAUUGUAAAGUGUUUUUCUUCUCAUUCGAAAGCACAUCAUUGGGACUUUAGCAGUGACACUCCAGCUCGUAUCUUUUGGAUCUUUCAGCAGCUUCACUAAACAACGUUUUUUUUUUACCCCUUCGACCACCACCACGGCGUGAAUUUGGAAUAAAUUAGAGAUUGGACAAAGUGAGACAGGACACGAGGGGCUCAUGCCAGACCCAACAUCAACUCUUCAUUAGUGUCACUUUUUGGCUACCUUCAAGUCAAACCCCAGGAAGAGAAUCCGAAGGGGCUCGAUUGUGGUGAUUGUGUGGGUGGUGCUUUUUCGUGACACACUACCAGCCCUUAGCGGGGAGUCGGCAUCCACCUGAAGGGGACACAGAUCUGAGACCCGCAAUGGCGACCACAGCUUGAUAUUUGUGGACUGGGAACCUGAUCAAGAAUGGAGCGGCUGAUUCUGUGUGUGCUGCUGUGUGCCGCCUUGGUGAAGGGCUACAGUUGUCCGGGCCGCUGCAUCUGCCAGCACCUGUCGCCAACGCUGACGCUCCUCUGUGCCAAGGCGGGCCUCUUGUUCGUACCGCCCACCAUCGACCGCAAGACUGUGGAGUUGCGCCUCACAGACAACUUCAUCACCGUCAUCCGCAAGAAGGACUUUUUCAACAUGACCAGUUUGGUUCACCUCACUUUGUCCCGCAACACCAUCAGCCAGAUCACGCCCCACGCCUUCUUAGGCCUGCGCUCGCUCCGGGCGCUGCACAUGGACGGGAACCGCCUCAGCGUCAUCAAGUCCGACCAUUUCAAAGGUCUGAGCAAUCUGCGGCACCUCAUCCUGGGGAACAACCAGAUCCACCAAGUUGCUUCCACCUCUUUUGAUGAGUUUGUCUCGACCAUCGAGGACCUGGAUCUUUCUAACAACAACCUGCGCAGCCUACCCUGGGAAGCCAUCGCCCGGAUGACCAACAUUAACACUCUCACCCUGGACCACAACCUGAUUGACCACAUCGUCACCGGCACUUUUACCCUGCUCACCAAGCUGGUCCGCCUGGACAUGACAUCCAACAGGCUGCAGAAGCUGCCGCCCGACAGCUUGUUCCAGCACGCUCAGGUUCUGUCCGACGCCAAGGGUUCCAGCUCCUCCACCCUGGCCGUCAGCUUCGGGGGGAACCCGCUUCACUGUAACUGUGAGCUGCUGUGGCUCCGCAGGCUCACCAGAGAGGACGACUUGGAGACAUGCGCCUCACCGGAACAUCUCAUGGAUAAGUACUUCUGGUCCAUACAAGAGGAGGAGUUCAUCUGUGAGCCACCGUUGAUCACCAGACACCUCUCCACGAAGCCCUACGUGAUGGAAGGACAGGGAGUCACACUUAAAUGCAAAGCGGUGGGCGAUCCCGACCCGGAGAUACACUGGCGUUCACCCGACGGCAAGCUGGUGCACAAUAACUCCCGCACCAUCCUGUAUGAAAAUGGUACCCUUGAUAUUCUCAUCACCACCCUGAAGGACAGCGGCGCGUUCAACUGUGUGGCGUCCAACGCUGCAGGCAUCGCCACGGCUGCCGUGGAGAUCAACAUGAUCCCCUUGCCCUUGUUUGUUAACAACACGGGCCACAUGCGCGAAGACCCGGGCCUCUCAGACAUCACCACCUCCUCCAAGUCGGGCAAUGACACCAAGGGCUACGAAAAGCAGGACAGGAGAGUAGUGGUCACCGAGCUCACAUCCUCCUCGGCCGUGAUCCGAUGGCCGUCCGAGCGCCACAUCCCCGGCAUCAGGAUGUACCAGAUCCAGUACAACAGCACCGCUGAUGACACGCUGGUGUACAGGAUGAUACCAUCCACCAGCAAGAACUUCCUGAUCAAUGACCUGGCAGCGGGGCGCGAGUACGAUCUGUGCGUGCUGGCGGUCUACGACGACGGCAUCACAUCGCUGACAGCCACGCGUGUGGUCGGGUGCAUCCAGUUCCACACGGCCACCGAGGUCAGCCAGUGCCGCUUCAUGCACAGCCAGUUCCUGGGUGGCACCAUGAUCAUCAUCAUCGGAGGCAUCAUUGUGGCGUCGGUGCUGGUGUUCAUCGUCAUCCUGAUGAUCCGUUACAAAGCUUACAGCGGCCCGGAGGACGGCAAAGCCAAAGCGGGCUCCGCAAUGCCUUCCCAGGCAGUGAAUGGCAGCCACCAGCAGCUCCAUCGCUCGGCCUCCAAGCAGCCUUCGGAUGAGGGUCAGCAUGAGGCCCAGCCUCCUAAAGAAUGCAUGGCGCUGGUGCUGAAGGUGGACAAUGACAAGAAAGAGGACGCCACAGCUCCCUCUGCUGUCCUGGAGGUGGAGCUGCCUCCGCCGACAGCCAACAAGAUGAAGCGAAGGACCAGCCUGGACGCGCCGCGCUUCGUCCUGCCGUUCGAGGACACGCAGACAGACAGCAGCCUCACGGGCUCCACCAUGUCGCUGUGCCUCAUCGGCCCCAACGCCGGCCCUGCCGAAGCCCCGCGUCUCAAAGACAAAAAGGGCGCGCUCGCCAACGUGGGACUGCUCCCGAGUGAGCUGGCACGAACUCGGCACAGAUUCUCCUUCGACGGGGGGGACUACUCCAUAUUUCAGAGUCACAGUUACCCCCGGCGGGCGAGGACGAGGUGGCACCGCUCCACCAACCAGCUCGACAACGAGUCAUCGCCCCUCGCCAACCGCAGGGUGACGUUUAGCAGCACCGAGUGGAUGCUGGAGAGCACGGUGUAGGACACACGUUGUAAAAAUAAGUCCGGCACACACAUUUUAUUCGCAAAACUCUCUUUGAGCCUGCUGGAGGAACCACGCAACAAAAAAACACACAUUGCCCUUCAUCCCGCCUCCCCAUGAGAGGUUUGUCAGCCAUGUCCUUUCUUCUUUAACGCAGCAGUGCCUUAAUUCUCUAAAGAAAAAAAAAACGUACGAAUAGAGGAUGCUGCUCACUGUCGUCACAAACCUGCCUCUCCAUCAGUUCCUUUUGUUUGUUUUUAGCGUCUUUGUGACACGCCGAGACAGUGUGGCGUUUGUACGUGUUUUUCUUUCCUUGUUCUUAAAAAAAGACAAAACAAUAGAAAAAAGAAAUAGUGUGACUUUAAAGUGAAAAGAGCCAGGUGUCUUGUUAUGUCCAUCAUGUUUUGGGUUCUCUUACAAACUUGUGCACAGAAGACACGAAGAUACACGGACAUGUAUCAACACCAGUCCAUACAGUAAUAAUUUCAAGACAAAAACAAAAAACAAAAAAAGAAGAGCAGUAUUUUACACAUGCUGAUUUCUAACAACGCCCGUCGGACUGGAUGAUGUUAAAUAGCUCUUGUUCCAGAUAUGACUGUAUAUUAUCUGGCUGGUCUAGAUCAAAAGACAACGACAACAACAACAAAAAAAGACCUAUAUAAGUAUAUUCAAACAUUGGUGUAUGUGUACUAACUAUGUAAAGUAAGUAAGUCAUAUGUCACAUGACUUUUUACAAAGCAUUUGGGUGUUGGCUGCAAGUUUUUACAUUAAAAACCUGUGUCAUCACACCUCUGUCUGUCAAAUGCUGGGCCUUUUAUGCAUGGGUGAUGUGU